AUGGAGGAAAGUUUCCCUGCCCCUGUUGAACGGAAUAGGAAAAUACUCCUCCCCAUAUACAAAGCAGCACGGGUAGAAAACAUGCGUGCGUCUUUGACAGCAGAUACUCUAAUAGUAGACGGCCGAAAAUAUCGAGUCAAUGACCUUCAAAGAUUGCCCGAAAAGAUCGGAUUUGCAGCUUCACAACGAAAAGUGGCAGAUGUCGUAACGCUCUUCAAUAGUGCCACGUCCCCACUAGGAAGAAAUUACCCCUGUAGUUUUUCUGAUAAAGGUCGGAUUUUCCACUCAGUUGCACAAUACGUGGCAUACGCGCAGGCCGAUAUGUUCGAGGACCACGAUGCAGCCUCUCGCGUGAUGGCAUCACAAAAUCCAUCCGCUUGUGAAAAGAUAGGUAAAAACGCAAACGGAUUCUCAGACGCACUUUGGAAGAUGCGGGUGGAAGCCGUGUUGGAGAAAGCCAAUACACUAAAGUUCGAACAAAACCCAGAGUUAAUCCCCUGCCUGAGAUCUACAUCUGGGACCGACAAAAUUGGUGAGUGUAACCCCUACGAUAACUUCUAUGGCACGGGAUGCAAGAUAGCAGAUUUGGUUGCUGGUACACCUGACCAAUGGCCAGGGAAGAACAUCAAUGGCAAUAUUCUUAAACGUUUGAGGGACAAGCUUGACAGUUAA